AAAGCUGAGCUACAAUAGACACAUUCACUGACUCAAAACUACAUUACAAAGCCCAAGAGCAGGAAUGGAUGAAUUGAAGACUGGCCUGGGGGCUGUGCAUAUUGAUGACAAAAGCUCCAACUACCAAGACAUAGUUAAAGAGCUGAUUCUUCAGUCCCAGAAGGCGAAGGAGGGAGCGUACUGUCCUUAUAGUAAAUUUAGAGUGGGAGCUGCUCUCCUGACCCUCGACAACACUGUGUUUACAGGUUGCAAUGUAGAGAACGCAUGCUAUAAUCUGGGAGUGUGCGCUGAAAGGAAUGCUAUUGCAAAAGCAGUGUCAGAGGGCUACAGAGGUUUCAAGGCCAUUGCAAUUUCAAGUGACAUGACUGAGCAGUUCAUCUCUCCAUGUGGAGGCUGCAGACAGUUUAUGAGAGAGUUUGGUCCUAAUUGGGAUGUUUACCUGACAAAGCCUGAUGGCUCAUACAGCAAGAUGACAGUUGAAGAGCUGCUACCCGUCUCCUUUGGCCCUAAAGACCUGUCACUGAAGAAAGUGACUGAUAGCUCUAACAGGCAGUGAAUCUGUUUUCUUAUAAACACACACACACACAUCUCACCGUCUUUGUGGGCUCAUUCCACUGACAUUGCAUCCUGAACCUGAUCAUAACUUAAUUCUAUGCAUGAAAUUAAAAGUUUUCCACCUCAAAAAUCCCUAGACUCUGGAAACUGGAACUUGGACAUGUCCAGCAUUGUACUGUCAAACAGUACUGUUUGUGUCUCUGACAUCCCUGCUAGUAAAUACACAAUUACUUUACAAUAUUUUUUUUAAAUGCUAUGACAUGAACUGUUUGAUGCUUUUUCUGAAUGUGUAUCUUUGCAUAGCAGCAGUUAUAUUUCUAAUAAAGAUGCAUUCUUCUUUU